AUGAGAGAGGUAAUUAGUAUUAACGUCGGUCAAGCUGGUUGUCAAAUUGGUAAUGCCUGCUGGGAAUUGUACUCUUUGGAACAUGGUAUUAGACCAGAUGGGUAUCUACAAGAAGGUUUAACUAAACCAAAAGGUGGUGAAGAAGGGUUUUCUACUUUUUUCUACGAAACUGGUGCAGGUAAAUACGUUCCUCGUGCUGUGUAUGUUGAUUUAGAACCAAAUGUUAUCGAUGAAGUACGUACUGGUGCUUAUAAAGAUCUUUUCCAUCCUGAACAAUUGAUCAAUGGUAAAGAAGAUGCUGCAAAUAAUUAUGCUCGUGGUCAUUAUACCGUCGGUAGAGAACUGUUAGAUGAAAUCUUGGAUAGAAUUAGAAAAAUCUCAGAUCAAUGUGAUGGUUUGCAAGGUUUUUUGUUUACUCACUCUUUGGGUGGUGGUACCGGUUCUGGUUUAGGUUCUUUAUUAUUAGAACAAUUAUCUAUUGAUUAUGGUAAAAAAUCAAAAUUGGAAUUUGCUGUUUAUCCAGCUCCACAAGUCUCUACCUCAGUUGUAGAACCAUACAAUACCGUUUUAACCACUCACACCACUUUGGAACAUGCCGAUUGUACUUUCAUGGUGGAUAAUGAAGCUAUCUAUGAUAUGUGUAAGAAAAAUUUGGAUAUCUCAAGACCAAGCUUUUCAAACUUGAAUAAUUUGAUUGCCCAAGUCGUAUCAUCUGUCACUGCAUCCUUAAGAUUCGAUGGUUCUUUGAAUGUAGAUUUAAAUGAAUUCCAAACUAAUUUGGUUCCUUAUCCAAGAAUCCAUUUCCCAUUAGUCUCAUACGCUCCAAUAUUAUCAAAAAGCAAAGUUUCUCAUGAAUCAAAUUCAGUCGCUGAAAUAACAAAUGCAUGUUUUGAACCAACUAAUCAAAUGGUAAAGUGUGAUCCAAGAACUGGUAAAUAUAUGGCAAACUGUUUACUGUAUAGAGGUGAUGUUGUAACAAGAGAUGUACAAACUGCGGUAGCUCAAGUUAAAAAUAAGAAAACUGUUCAAAUGGUCGACUGGUGUCCUACUGGUUUUAAAAUUGGUAUCUGUUAUGAACCUCCUACAGCUACUCCAAACUCUCAAUUAUCUUCUGUGAAUAGAGCUCUAUGUAUGCUAUCAAAUACAACUGCAAUUGCAGAUGCUUGGAAGAGAAUUGAUAGGAAGUUCGAUCUAAUGUAUGCUAAACGUGCUUUUGUUCAUUGGUACGUCGGUGAAGGUAUGGAAGAAGGUGAAUUUACUGAAGCCAGAGAAGAUUUAGCUGCAUUGGAAAGAGAUUACAUUGAAGUAGGCGCUGAUUCCUACGCUGAUGAAGAAUUUUAG